AUGCAUCUUUCUCAACCCGUCUCCCUCUCCCUCCUCUCCCUCCUCUCCACCACUCUCGCCGCAAACCACGACAUCACCGUCGGCCCAGCCCUAGUCUUCACGCCCAACACCACGACCGCCGCCGCCGGCGACACCCUCACCUUCCACUUCAACCCCUCCCAGCACGACAUCACCGAGAGCGAGUUCGGGAAGCCAUGUGACUACAAGACCGGCGGCUUCUACAGCGGCAGCGGCUCGCUCGCGCCCGCCGGCAACGACGUCUUCGUCGUAACCGUGAACGACACGCAGCCCAUCUACUUCUACUGCUCCGUGCCCGAGCAUUGCCAGGCCGGAAUGGUUGGGGGCGUCAACGUGCCUACCUCCGGCGACACCCUGGCCUCCUACGCCUCGGCCGCCGCCAAGACAAGCGACAGCACCACGCCCAAGGCCAUCGCGGGCGGCGUGACGAAGCCGGAGGGCGAGGCUUCGGCCAGCAGCUCGUCGGCGGCUGCUAGUAGUUCGUCUGCUUCGGCUGCUGGUGCGUCGUCGAAGCCCUCGUCCGCUGCGUCUGGGACCUCGUCGCCCGUUGCGUCGAGCGGGACCGCGGCGGCGGCGGCGGCGUCGCCUACGUCUACGGGCACGGCGGCGAGCUUGAGGGACGGGAAUGCGGGGGUCGUGUUUGGGGUCGUUGCGCUGGUGGGAGCGGCGGUUGCGGGGAUGGUUUGA